AUGGGUGAAGCCAAAAAGGCAAUUCAAUUUGUGAUUCAAAAUGAUGAUGAUGAACUAAUUCAGUUUAUAAGAGAAUAUAAUAUAAGAAGAGAAGCUCAACUAAUUCAAGCGGAAUCAAUUAGACAACAAAAAGCUUUAACAAGAAGAAAAAUGAUUGCAAAUGAUAAUCGAGUUUUUCAUAAUACAAGGGGAAUUUCAAAGAAUCGAAAAUUAGAAGACACAAAUAAAAUUCAACUGAUGAUUGAAGAACUUCCUUGUAUUGAACAAAUUAAACGAACUUUAUUUUCAUUAUAUAAAGAAAGGCUUUGUCCUAUGUGCAAGAAAAAAGAAGAGGAUUUCAAUCAUAUUUGGAUUUGUGAGGAAAGGCGAGAUCCUGUCAAUCAUAUUACUCUCGAUCAUAUUAAAAAUAUUGACAAUAUUUGGAUUUUGGAAGCUUGAAAUAUCUGAGGAUCAUAUAACUUUCAUAGAUUUGGUUAAAGGUUUUUUUCCUUGCUUAUUAAU